AUGUCUGUGAAUGAAGAAGCCGAAACCACAAAGCCGCCAACUGCAACAGUUGAGGACAAACUGGAUAUUGUGAUCAAUAAUGUCGUCUGCUCGUUCAGCGUGCGCUGUCACCUGAAGCUGCGGGAGAUUGCGCUGCAUGGCUCCAACGUGGAGUAUCGUCGGGAGAACGGGAUGGUGACGAUGCGUUUGCGUCGUCCCUAUACGACGGCUUCGAUCUGGUCGUCCGGCCGCAUUACCUGUACUGGCGCCAUCUCUGAGUCGCAGGCCAAGGUAGCGGCGCGUCGUUAUGCUCGCAGCUUGAGCAAACUGGGAUUCCCGGUGCGCUUCCAGCAAUUUCGCAUCGUCAACGUGCUCGGCACCUGCAGCAUGCCCUGGCCGAUACGCAUCGUCAACUUCUCGGAGCGGCACCGUGAGAGCGCCUGCUAUGAGCCGGAGUUGCAUCCCGGCGUCACCUUCAAAAUGCAGGAUCCGAAGGCCACCCUCAAGAUAUUCUCGACGGGCAGCAUCACGGUGACGGCGGCCAGCGUGAACGCCGUGGAGUCGGCCAUACAGCGUCUGUAUCCGCUCGUCCACGAAUUCCGCACUCGACCCUUGAACGAGAUCCUAGACGAUGGCAAGAUGAAGCCGAAAUUACCCAAUCUCGUCAAGCGUCCCAUGGCAAUGCCCUCAAACGCCAUCUCCAAGCUCAUGCCUAUGCCCGUGGACAUGUCCAUGUCUAUGCCCAUGGUUCUGCCCACGGCCCUGCCCAUGUCCAUGCCCAUGGCUCUGCCCACGACCCUGUCCACGGCCAUGCCCAUGCGCGUUCCCAUGCUGAACGUGAAGCCCGGGCUGAGACGUGAGCAGCCGACGCCGCCGCCAAAGAGUACGCCCAGCGAGAACAUCUGUGGCAACGCGCGUCGUCGCGCCACCGAGUACUGGGCCAGCAAGUUGCAGGAGAAGCGACCGCGCUUCAACGAAGCCGGCUCCAUGGCCAUCCUCAAUGCCAACAGCUUGGCCCGUCAAAACAAACUGCCCCGAAAGACACCCAACAAGCCGGACGGGAAGGCCACAGCACAGGGCGGAGAAUUGAGUCAAGUGGACAGCAGCUCGACGGAUGAGCCCGAUGAUGAAGAGAAGAAUUCUUAG